UUUUCGAGCUCUUGUAUGAGAAAAAGAUGGAUAUGGCUGGAAAGGAUAGUAAUAUUGAGCCACGGAAGGGGAAUGACGAACUUGUAAACUAUCAUGGACCGAAUAUGACUUCAGACUGGCAAGUUAAUGGAAAUCACCUAACGAAUUCGACCAUUGAAAUGAUUUCAAUGGGCAGCUCAAUUGGGGAGUCCUCUGCUCGUCCCUCUGCCCAUUUUUGCCCUCCAGCUUGGGACCAGCCUAUCAAUGGACGAAGUUUAGGCUACUCUGAUGUGAAUGUCCGAAACGAUGCUAGUACUUCAAGUAGCCAUGGCCCUGUUAGAGCUGACAUGGGUUGGACAUCAAAUUCAAUGUUGAGAGGGGGUAUGUUUCUACCAACUGUCCCUGGGUUGCUUCCUCAGAACUUACCUCACUUUCCAGCUGAUUUGGCUUUCAUUGAAAGAGCAGCAAGGUUUUCAUGCUUCAGUGGAGGGAAUUUUGGUGGAGUGAUGAAUCCUUUUGGUGCGCCUGGCCCGAUAAAUCCUUAUUCACGGGGCUUGGGACCGAUGCAAGGGCCGGAUGAGAUUUUUGGAGGAAAUGGAUUGAGACCGCUGCCUGGAAUGCAGAGCCAAGGACAUGAAACGGACGUGACUGAAGUUAGCAAAGAGGCUUCACUACCUGGGAGGAAGCCUGGAAAUGAAGGGAGCCCGUCCAAGAAUGAGAAGAAAAGUGAAAGUUUAUUGCACUCUCAUGAUGAAGCAAAACAUGGAGUUGGUGUGUCAGGUAAUGAGUCAGAUGAGGCGGAAUUUAGUGGCCGUGGUGGCCAAGAGGAGUUGAAUGGGCCAGCUGUGGAGUCUUCUGGUAAAGGGCUCGGCUCUAAGAGGAGGAAGAGAGUCGGACAGGAUACUGAACAUGAUGAAAAUAAUGAAGCCCCACGGCCAUCUAUUGAUAUGGCGAAAGGAAUGGCGGAAACUAAAGAAAAGGGUGAUCGAAACCCAACUUCAAUCAGUAAGCCUGGUGGCAAGCAUGGUAAGCAGAGUUCUCAAGGCUCAGAUCCACCCAAGGAAGAAUACAUACACGUUAGAGCACGAAGAGGUCAGGCGACAAACAGCCAUAGUCUUGCUGAAAGGGUGAGAAGGGAGAAGAUUAGUGAAAGGAUGAAAUUCCUUCAGGAUCUUGUGCCUGGUUGCAGCAAGGUCACUGGAAAAGCUGUUAUGCUUGAUGAAAUCAUCAAUUAUGUGCAAUCACUACAGCGGCAAGUUGAGUUCCUGUCAAUGAAGCUCGCAACAGUGAAUCCUCGGCUGGACUUCAAUAUCGAAGGAUUUCUAGCUAAAGAUAUCCUACAAUCUAGAGCUGGUAUGUCAUCUUCACUUGCUUUUCCACCCGAUAUGACUCUGCCUUUUGCACCACUUCAUCCAUCGCAGCCUGGACUGAUCCAGGCAGGUCUUCUCAGCAACUCUUCUGAAACUCUACGAAGGCCUAUAAGUCUCCAAUCCCCCGCUAUCAGUGGAGGGUUCAAAGAACCUACAUCUCAAGGACCCAAUGUAUGGGAAGAUGAACUUCACAAUGUCGUUCACAUGGGAUUCAACUCAUCUGCUCCUCUAAAUACCCAAGAUUUAAGUGGUUCUCUACCACCAGGCCAUAUGAAAGCUGAACCCUGAUUUCCUCUGUUUUCCUAUCAUCGUUCGUAGCUCCUUCCAUGCCAUCGUUGAAAGUCCAUAUUGUGGGAUAACAAAUCAAGUUAUGUACAUUCCUUGUGUCAGCCCGGACAAAGAUUCGAGUUUACCUAUUCCUUAUCCAAGAGCUUAACCCCUGCCUGGCAUUCCAACUCUUGCACAUAUUACAGUGAAGUCUGGGGGCCAAAUACGUAGCACUGGGAGCAACAACUGUUACCCUGCAAGUCCAUAGGAGUCCACCAUGCUGAUAACUUUGGUCCAGAAUCGAGCAGCAGCUGACAUAUUGAUUGAAGGAGAGGGGGAACGACAUCGGUCCAAAGUAUAAAUUUCAGUAGUAGAUGAGAGAAGAUGGAGGUUUAUGUUGCAUUCUUGAUUUAAUGUAGGGAGAUCACCUAUUAUUCUUAUUCAAUCUUAUGGCAAAUGCUUCUGAAGAACUUUGUGCAUGCAGAGAAAUGGGCAGAAGUUCUAUUAUAGAUAUUCUUGUGGUUUAUAGCCUUUGAUGCGGCUGUCAAUUUUCUCCUACUCAACUACCUCUUUCUAUUCU